AUGUCUGUACCCGAAGCCUGCUGCACCGUCCCCCCAGUAAAAAGCAACUAUGAACCCAAAGGCGAAUACAUCCAAUUAGACGACAUUAAAGUCUACACCAUUGGCCCGAAGGAUGCAAAAAAUGCUGUGAUCAUUGUUUACGAUAUUUACGGAUUACAUCAAAACGUGUUGCAGACGGCAGAUAUUCUCGCAGAACAGUUGGAAUUUCGUGUUGUGAUUCCAGAUUUCUUUCGUGGUGACCCGUAUAAGAUAACUGACGGCGGAAGUCGUGAAAAAUUAAUUGAUUGGCUAAAAGAAGUGGCACCCGAACAAAAAAUUCUCAAUACAAUCGACAUAGUCGUGAAUUACUUGCGUAAAGAAAAAAAUGAGAAUUUCGGACUGAUUGGAUAUUGUUGGGGUGCUAAAUAUGCUUUUCUGGUUGCAAAGCAAGAGACGUUCGCUGCCGCUGUGGGAAUCCACCCUAGUUUUAUCACUGAGGAAAAUCAAGCUGGCAUCAAGAUUCCGUUCGCUGCGUUGCCGUCAAAAGAUGAUCCUGACUUUGCUCCGUUCAUUGAAUCCUUGAAAAAAGAGCCAUUUGGUCAGAAAUCCAUACACCGUCGGUUCGAUGACAUGUCCCAUGGAUUCGCUGGCGCUCGUGGCGAUUGGAGUGACCCCUUGGUUGGUCAACGUGCGCAAGAAGCUAUUCAAAUUACCGCAAACUUCUUGAAAGAGAAUGUUGGUACUAGAUCUAAUAUGUGA